ACUUUGAAUGCAUUCCAUCCAUCCAUUUCCUAAUGAAAGAAUAACAUACUUUUCUUAUCCACAUGCCGACCUACCUCUAAACGUUAUUUCUUUCAUUCACACAAGUUAAUUACUGAAAUCAAAUAAACCAUUUUCUUUCUUGUGAUUUCUCCAAACAUAUUCUUCUUCUUCUUCUUCUUUCCAAAGUUAGCAACUAAUGGAGGUUAUUGAAGGAGAAAAACUCGUCUCACUCUUAAAUUCUGUUAAGGUAUUGUUAGACAAACUUGGUUCUACUGAGUUCCACAACAAUUACCGAAGAAUGAAACUUAACGAGUCACUCACGGGAAAUCUCAAGAAUAAACUAACCAAGAUUCUAAUUGCACUCAAUGAUGAUGCUGAUAUUGUCAAUGAUACACUCAGAUAUGCUCUCUUUGAAGUUGAAAAUUUGAUUGACGAAAUCAACACUGAGGCGUUGCGUCGCAAAGUGAAAGCUGAUGAGUAUCAAACCCUAAAUUCUACUUCUCAGGUUCUGCAAAAAAUUUCAACUCGUUUUAAACGGUUUAAUAAAUUGAUUAAUUCUAAGUUGCAAAAAUUAAUUGAAAAAUUAGAAUUAUUGAGUUCAGCUGGUGGAAAGAAAGGUGAAUCAGGUGUUUCUAAUUCGAGUAGUGUUUCGAAUGUAACUGCUCCUACUACAAGUUCUGUUGUGGUUGAUGAAUCUUGUAUUUAUGGAAGAGACAAUGAUAUAAAGAAACUUAAAAUGAUGUUGUUGUCUGAAGAUGCUAAUGAUCAUGCUGGUGAUUGUAAUGUAAGAAUGGUUUCGAUUGUGGGUAUGGGAGGGAUUGGUAAAACAACUCUUGCCAAACUACUUUACAAUGAUCGCGAAGUUAAGGAGAAAUUUGGGGUGAGAGGGUGGGCACAUGUGUCUUUUAGUGUUUACAGGGUUUUGGAAAGGAUUAUUGAAUCUAUCAUUUCGCAAAGUAUCCUGGAUGGUAACCCGAAUUCUGAACUUAUUGCAUGGGUUGAUACUAUGAAAAAUUGCAGUACCGGUAAAGCUUACCGGAAUCUUCUAUUAUUGACCGUGCAACAUGUUCUUAGAACUAAUACGUUUUUACUUGUAUUGGAUGACGUGUUGGAUGUAAAAUUCGCCUUUUUGUUACAUCUGAGGAACAUUUUUGAUGAUGGGAAAAUGGGAAGCAGGAUAAUCAUCACAGCACGGGAUGAAAGAUUGCUGCAUUCCAGGCAAUUCUAUCUUUCUGUCCACUACUUGAGUCCUCUGGAAAGUGAAGAUUGCUGGUCUUUACUUGCUAGACAUGCAUUUGGAGCAUAUAACGACCAACAACAAUCCAAUCUAGAAGAAAUUGGCAGAGAAAUUGCAAAGAAGUGUAAUGGAUUACCAUUUGCUGCAGUAGCAUUUGGUGAUUUUCUUCGCACCAAGUUGUCCCCAGAUUACUGGAAUUAUGUCCUAGAAAGUAACAUUUGGGAAUUGACAGAUCAUGACUUGCAACCUUUUCUACAAUUGAACUACCAUUAUCUUUCGACUCCUUUAAAACGAUGCUUUGCAUAUUGUUCAAUUUUUCCAAAGAAGUCCAUCAUAGAAAAAAAGCUAGUAGUUCAGUUGUGGAUGGCAGAAGGCUUAGUAGAAUCGUCCACAGAUCAGGAAAAUAUUGGAGAAGAAUACUUUGAUGUACUAGUGUCAAGGUCGUUGAUACAUCAGCGAUCUAUUGGUGAUAAGGAAGAACACUUUGAAAUGCACAACUUCGUCCAUGAUUUAGCAACAGAGGUUUCAUCUCCACAUUGUAUCAACAUGGAUGAACAUAACCUAAAUGAUAUGAUACAUAACUUAUCAUACAAUAGAGGGAUAUAUGACUCAUAUGAUAAAUUUGAUAAAUUGUAUGGAUUAAAAGGUCUACGUACCUUUCUAGCCUUACCAUUACAAGAACAAUUGCCUCUUUGUUUGCUAUCAAACAAGGUAGUAUAUGAUUUGUUGCCAACAAUGAAACAAUUACAUGUCUUGUCUUUGUCAAACUACAAGAGUAUCACUGAAGUUCCCAACUCUAUUGGAAAUUUGUUAUACUUGCGAUACUUAAAUCUUUCUCACACUAAGAUCGAAAGGUUGCCUUCUGAAACAUGCAAGCUUUACAAUCUGCAGUUCUUGUUGUUGGCAGGCUGUAGAAGGCUCAUUGAAUUGCCGGAGGACAUAGGGAAAUUGGUUAAUCUCAUUCACCUUGAUGUUAGUGAUAGUGCAUUGAGGGAAAUGCCUGUACAAAUAGCCAAACUGAAAAAUCUCCAAACUUUGUCUGACUUUGUUGUCAGCAAACAUAGUGAUGGAUUAAAGGUUGCGGAGCUGGGAAAAUUUCCCCAACUACAUGGAAAGCUUUCCAUCUCACAGCUACAAAAUGUUAAUGACCACUUAGAAGCAGAUCAAGCUGAUAUGAAGAUGAAAGAACGAAUAGACGACUUAACUUUGGAAUGGGAUUAUGGUAGUACUGUUCCAGAUUCACAAAUUAAAAGUGUUGUCCUUGAACAUUUGCAACCCUCAACAAAUUUGAAAAAUCUAACCAUCAAAGGCUAUCGUGGAAUCAGCUUUCCAAAUUGGUUGGGUGAUUCUUUAUUUGGAAACAUGGUGUAUUUAAAGAUCUCGAACUGUGAUGAUUGUUUAUGGCUUCCACCCGUUGGACAAUUGCAUAAUCUAAAAGAACUCAUUAUUGAAGGGAUGCCCUUGGUAGAAUCAAUUGGUAUUGAAUUUUAUGGAAAUGAUGGUUCUUCAUUUCAACCAUUUCCCUCUCUGGAGACUCUACACUUUGAAGAUAUGCAAGAGUGGGAGGAAUGGAACUUGAUUGGAGGUACAGCUACACAGUUUCCUAGUCUAAAAACUUUGUCACUAAGUAAGUGCCCGAAACUGAGAGUAGGAAACAUAGCUGACAAAUUGUCUUCCUUAAAUGAACUUAAGUUAAGAGAAUGCCCUCUACUGGUGCAAUCAAUGCCAUUAUCAGAUCGUGUAUUCAGGCAACUGAUGUUUCCUCUGAAUUCUCUUCGACAGUUAACCAUAGACGGGUUUCGAUCUCCGAUGUUUUUCCCAACAGACGGUCUUCCAAAAACUUUGAAAUUUCUCAUAAUCAGUAACUGUGUGAAUCUAGAAUUCCUUCCACAUGAAUACCUGCACAAUUACACAUCGCUCGAGGAAUUGAAAAUAUCUUAUAGCUGUAAUUCAAUGAUAUCAUUCACCUUGGGUGCUCUCCCUGUCCUCAGAAGUCUGUUUAUUGAGGGUUGUAUAAAUUUGAAAUCAAUAUUAAUUGCAGAAGACGCGUCGGAAAAAAGUCUCUCAUUUCUUAGAAGCAUUAAAAUAUGGGAUUGUAAUCAACUGGAUUCAUUUCCUCCAGGUGGAUUGGCAACUCCAAACCUCGCUUAUAUUGCUUUGUGGAAGUGUGAAAAGCUUCAUUCACUGCCAGAAGCAAUGAACAGUCUAACUGGCCUUCAAGAAAUGGAAAUUGAUAAUCUACCAAAUCUUCAAUCUUUGGUCAUAGAUGAUUUGCCUAGCAGUUUACAGGAACUGACUGUUGGCUCUGUUGGAGGGAUUAUGUGGAAUACUGAGCCAACAUGGGAACAUCUCACUUGUCUUUCAGUGUUGCGAAUAAACGGUAAUGAUACAGUGAAUGCGCUGAUGGUGCCAUUGCUACCUUCAUCUCUUGUGACACUAUGCAUUUGUGGCCUUGGUGAUACCAGCUUUAAUGGAAAGUGGCUUCAGCAUCUCACUUCUCUCCAAAACCUUGAGAUUGUUAACGCUCCCAAACUUAAGUUGUUGCCAAAAGAAGGAUUGCCUUCCUCUCUUUCAGUACUAAGUAUGACUCGCUGUCCAUUACUGGAAGCAAGUUUGCGGAGGAAACAAGGGAAAGAGUGGCGUAAGAUUGCUCAAAUUCCUGCCAUAAUUAUCGAUGACGAAAUGAUCACAUAAGUUUCAUGUCUUGAUUCAUAUUUCAUAGUAUUAGAUUCUGCGUCGCCUGUGCUCAAACUGCGACAAAUGUGAAACAACAUCUUACCACAAAUGUUAGAUCGACCAAGGGCUUCAAGUGGGACUGAUGGCUUGCAACAAGAUGACAGCAGUGGAAUCUAAGGAUUUAGAAAAUGAGGCACAGAUCUUCUGUUUUGUGAAAAUGAGUGUUUUUGACAUCAAACUGUGUUGAGAAGGAGCUUGUUAAAGAGGCUGCUCAAAUUGCUAAAUGUUGUGCCUGUGGACUAUCAAAAUUAAUUUAGCUAGUUUUUCUUUUGUCCCUCUUUGCCACCUUGUUUCCUUAUGCAUCUAUGAUGUUGAAGAUACAGAAUGCUUGGAUGGGAAGUGACUUAAACAUCUCACCUUUUUCCAAAAACUUGAGUUUACAUUAUGUGACAAGAUCAAGUCGUUGCCAAAAGAGGGAUUGUCUUCCUCUCUUAAAGUAUUGUGUAUCAUAAGAUUGCUCACAUUUCCUGUCUCGGGAUCAACCAGGGGCCUCAAGGAUGAUUGUGUGACUGGAACCAAUAAGGAAGAAUUGGCAUUUCAGGAUUCUGAAAAAGAGAUAAUUGCUGAAGCAACUACUACGAGCAGCAAUUAUCUGUCAGAGUUGAUUCCGCAGCAAUUACUUUGCUGCCGAGUGCUGGAUGCAGUAGAGGAUCCAUACUCAUAAAAACCAAAGAGGAUCAGUGUUUUCUUAUAAGCUGUAUUCUGUUGUGAUUUCUAAUGCACUUUUUAGUCGUUCAAACUAAGCAACUUACGAGUUGUCUCAAACUAAGCAAUAAAUCUUGUUUUAAACUAUCAUUUGACAAACAAAUUCUUGUUCAUACUCAUGAGUUGUCUCUGCAUAUUUUGAUUGGAGACAUGAUGCUACUAUCUUUCAUUCUUAAA